AUGAGUGUCCAAACGCUACAGAGAUUCAGUCUACAGAGUAUCGCUAAAGACAUCAUCGUCUCCUCUGACAAUUCUUCGGUCGAAGAUUUUCACCGAUACAAAUAUGUUCUAGGUCCAUUUGAUGGCUUAAGUAAGUGACCAUAAUUUAAUACCGUAAGACGGAAUCUAUUUCUAUUUUCAUACCUGGCAAAGGUUGCCCAUCGCGCCAAGGAAAUUCAAUAAGGAAACUGAGUAAUUUUACUUUUCAGUGGACAAAAACCUUGUACCAGAAUAAUUUUGAUCAUAUUGCAUUAUUUUUUACACUUUUUGAGGGCUAUAAAAUGUACAUGUAAUUAGCUUAAGUAUGAGUUAUAUGAAAUAACUCCAAAGAAAAUGUUCUUAUGAGAGAGCGAGAAAGUAUAUUUCAAAAGUUGUUUUCUCGGGCUCCCAUAACAACCUCUUCUCUGGAGUUAUUUCAUGUAACUUAUUACAUUUAUAGCCCUUGAAAAGCGUAAAAAAGAAUGCCACUGUAUGGCUUAAAAUAUUCUGGUACAAGAUUUUUGUCUACUGAAAAAUAAAAUUACUCAAUUUCCAGACGGAUUCCAUCAUAAAACUCUCUCAAGUUUUCCUAAGGUAUACCUAUGUGCAAGCAAAAUUGUAAGUUCCUUGUAAAUGGGGAUAAAGGGAAGAGGAAGUGAUAGGGUGUUCCUGUUUCCCUGUCAAUAGGAAGGGUCCACAGAGUGGAAUGUGGAUCUGAGACUGAGUACCAGCACUAAUAAAUGGGCUUGCAUGGUUGGCGUUCAGACCUGCAAUUUUAAAUUGAAACAGCAACAAAAGAUAAACAGAGCAAAAGACAAGAUGUGAUGCUGGCUCCUGGGGUUUCAAGAAUUCAGUCUCCUAGUUUUUCAGCUGCAGUUUUCCUCUCCUACAUGUAAGGUUGUCUUCAGUAGACUCUUCUAUAGAUCACACUAACUUCAAGCUGGGGAGAAUGUUUAAGACGGAAUCUAUCAGGAAAUUGAGUAAUUUUAUUUUUCAGUGGACAAAAACCUUGUACCAGAAUAAUUUAAACAAUAUUGCGUUCUUUUUUCCACUUUUCAAGGGCUAAAGAUGUAAUUAGUUAUCUGUAAUAACACCAAAGAAAAUUUCUUAUGGGAGCUCGAGAAAAUGAAUGUCCAAUUUCACAAAAUUACAUCUAACACAUGAAAUUUUCAGACAUUUACCUGUGUUUUCACAAUUCUUGUGAAAUUUGACAUUUAUUUUUUCUGGCUCCCAUGACAAAUAGUCUUUUGUGUUAUUUAAUACAGAAUAGUAAAUUAUACCUAUAGCCCUUGAAAAAUGUAAAAAAAUGCGGUAUUGUUUAAAUUAUUCUGGUACAAGGUUUUUGUCCACUGAAAGUUGAAAUUACUCAAUAUCCUGAUGGAUUCUGUUUUAAGCUCUACAUCUCUCAAACUCGGACCUUUCCAAUUGACUUUUAAUAAGCUUUUUUUAAUUGAUUUUCAGACUCUGACCUUAUUCAAGAAUUGCUGAAUAUAAUUUGUGAGAAAAAGCAGUUAAAAGUGUAUCAUCUUCAUGUCCUUCUUCACUCAAGUAUCAAACAUCUGGACCUGAGUGUGUGCAACUCAGUCAUUAAUGAUCAGAUCCUCAAUACUUUGGCUUACCGUUGCAAGGUGCAUAAAAUGUCAAACUGAACAUAAUUAGUGACCUUUUAUUGAUGCAAUUCUUUAAUUUCUUUUGUACUUUUUUAUAUUCUCUGCAAUUCUACUGGUUUUCUGGUUGCUAAGGAACCCUUUUUGUUCUCAUUUUAGAAACUGGUUCAGCUUUCACUGAAAAACUGUUCACGUCUUUCAACAAAGGCAUUGAAGCAAAUUCCCAGAAAUCUUCUCUGUAUUGAAUCAAUUAACCUCAGUGGCUGUCUGUCCUGNUGGUUGCUAAGGAACCCUUUUUGUUCUCAUUUUAGAAACUGGUUCAGCUUUCACUGAAAAACUGUUCACGUCUUUCAACAAAGGCAUUGAAGCAAAUUCCCAGAAAUCUUCUCUGUAUUGAAUCAAUUAACCUCAGUGGCUGUCUGUCCUGUGCAGAUGAUGUCUUGGAUGCAUUCGGAUCGGCAUACCCAGAGCUAAAAGUGUUAAGAGUGAAGUCAUGCUCUCAGAUCACAGAUAAAGGCAUAGAUGCUUUGUGUGGUGAUGAUUGCAACCCAAGGUGCCGAAGCUUACGAGAUGUCAGCUUCACUUCUACCAGCAUCACCAGCUAUGGAAUAACAAAAUUACUGCUCACACAGCCAGCAUUAAAAAGCUGUAGUUUAGCCAUGACAGCUUCUAAAGAUACCUGUAUUUUUAGUUUAGUCAAUGGUACAAGAAGAAGAUUACCACUUGCCGUCAUUGAUUUGUCAUACACUUCAGUCUCUGACACAUCUGUCAAAUGUCUCUGUGAAGCUUGUCCUCUACUGCGUGAAGUCGCAAUAAAUUGUUGUGCAUCCAUUACAGAAGUCUCUCUGGAGUACAUAGCGACAUUGAGGCAUCUAAAAGUGUUAAACAUUGCUGGCAACAUGCAAAUCAAAUUCAGUCCUUAUAUGAGACAAUUCUUGAAAAAAUCUGGAAACUUACUGGAAGUGCUUGACAUUUCGUGUAUGGAAAACAGUGAUUGUGCAGUGAUUGGUGCAUGGUGCAGGUCCCUAAAAUGUCUUAUCAUGGCUGACUGCCAAGAUAUAGUUGGUAACUAUGUUCAAGAAUCAACUGCACAAGAAAACAACUUACGGCUGUCAUUGGCACAAGCAUGUUCAAAACUUAACACUCUAAACCUUCACGGCUGCAAGUUUGCAAAAAACAAGUCCCUGCUUGAACAUCUUCUGGCCAUUUUAGGUGACUCCCUGGAGAUCCAAAAACUAGAUCUUUCUGGUAUUGAAGGACUAACUGAUGCAAUUCUCCUUCAGGUCAUACAUUCCUCAAACAUUUCUGAUUUGAGGUCAAUAAAUCUCUCAAGAUGCAGUGAAGUUUCUGUGGAGCCAAUUUAUGUGCUAUUAGAUGAUUUUAAGAGCCUUAAACAUUUAAAUCUGUGUCACUGCCAAAAUAUUUCUCUGCAAGAUGUUGAGAAUCUGAGGAAGAAGUGUAGAGGGUGUGGAGUCAGCCUUGACAUUGAAUGGUUAUAAUAUACUUGGAUGAGCAGCAUGGCAAGUAGUUAGCAUGUCAGACUGACAGUCUGGAGGUUCUGGGUUCAAGUCCAGCUCUAAGGACCAUCAGCUGGAUUUGCUUAAAAAAAAGUCAACUCCUUGGCCAGUAUUUCUAGUUAACCAGCUAUUUUUCGCCUGCCAGAUGUCAUUUUUUAUCCUAUUUGGACUAUCUGUGUCUAAUUACUUGUUAUAAAAGCUGAUCGCAGUUUCACUGUUAACAAAUAUUUACAUUUACGUUUUACAUACCUUUAACACCAAAGGAUAACAAAUUUUAGGUGGUCUUUUAGGGAU